GGUUGCGCGCGCGCGCCAGGCGUCCGCCGCCCGCUGUGUGCGCGCGCGGCCGGCGGAGGCGGCAGCAUGUCGGUGGCGGGGCUGAAGAAGCAGUUCUACAAGGCGAGCCAGCUGGUCAGUGAGAAGGUUGGAGGGGCUGAAGGGACCAAGCUCGACGAUGACUUCAAGGAAAUGGAAAAGAAGGUGGAUCUGACCAGCAAGGCAGUUACAGAAGUAUUGACCAGAACAAUAGAGUACCUCCAGCCUAACCCAGCUUCCAGAGCCAAGCUAACCAUGCUCAACACGAUGUCGAAGAUCCGUGGGCAGGUGAAGAACCCCGGCUACCCACAGUCUGAAGGGCUGCUGGGGGAGAGCAUGAUCCGCUACGGCAAGGAGCUGGGCGAGGACUCCAACUUUGGCGAUGCACUUCUUGAUGCUGGCGAAUCUAUGAAACGAUUGGCUGAAGUGAAGGACUCGCUGGAUAUUGAAGUCAAACAAAAUUUUAUCGAUCCCCUCCAGAACCUGUGUGACAAAGACCUGAAAGAAAUCCAGCACCAUCUCAAGAAGCUGGAAGGCAGACGUUUGGACUUUGACUACAAGAAGAAACGUCAGGGGAAGAUCCCUGAUGAGGAGCUUCGACAGGCUAUGGAGAAAUUUGAAGAGUCCAAGGAAGUAGCUGAGACCAGUAUGCACAACCUCCUAGAAACUGAUAUCGAGCAGGUGAGCCAGCUCUCGGCCCUGGUGGACGCCCAGCUGGACUACCACAGGCAGGCAGUGCAGAUCCUUGAUGAGCUCGCGGACAAACUCAAACGCAGAAUGAGGGAGGCCUCCUCACGUCCCAAGCGGGAAUACAAGCCCAAACCCAGGGAGACGUAUGACUUUGGAGAGACCGACCAAUCUAACGGGGGCUUCUCUUGCAAUCCUACCCCCAAAGUCGCAGCUUCCUCCUCUUUCCGAUCCGACAAGCCGUCCCGGGCCUCCGUCAGGAGUAUCCCUCACCUGGACCAGCCCUGCUGCAAGGCGCUGUACGACUUCGAGCCCGAGAACGACGGCGAGCUGGGCUUCAAGGAAGGCGACAUCAUCACCCUGACCAACCAGAUCGACGAAAACUGGUACGAGGGCAUGAUCAACGGCCAGUCGGGCUUCUUCCCGCUCAACUACGUGGAAGUGCUGGUGCCGCUACCUCAGUGAAACGGCAGUUCUCCCCGUGCCCCCUCCGCCCGCGCCUGCCCCGCGGCGCCCGGCCGAGCCUGCAGUCCUCACCUAGCCUGACGCCAGGCCUCCGCGGCGGGGCGGGCGGGAAGACGCGGCCGCGUUAGCUCUGUGCGUCGGCUCGGGGCGAGACUGCCAGCAGGGAACAAGCCAGAAGGGUUGAACCCCCCCCCCCCACCCAGUGAAUUUGGGGUUUUUUAGUUUUUUUUGUUUUCUUUUCUUUUAUUCCUGUUUUUUUUUUCGGUCCUUCUGGUGCUUGAACUUAGGUACUUUACAAGCCCCGCCAGGUUCCUCCCGGUUUGUAUGGUUUAAGCCGAGCCGCCGGCUUCUCCUUGUCGCGUUUUGUCUUUCCUUUGGGUCAAGCGUCCGGGUGAGCCAGGUCGGCUGUGUCGGAGAGCGGCGGGCGCUCGGGGCGCGCGUCCUUCGGGCCGAGCGGCAGCGCGGGGAGACGCGCGGCCUGGCGAGCUCGGGCACCCGCUCGGCAGCGGGGGGGCGAAGCGGCUCCGGUGCCGGGCCGAGAGCUUCACUCCCCGCUGCCCCGGGGUGCACCAGCAGCCAUCGAACACUACCCGCCUCUCUGGGGACGCGCAGCCCCGAAGUUCCCCGCGCGUCCUGACGCCGCGGCCGGGUCCCCCCCGCGCCGCCGCCGGGGGUGGACGGCAGCUGCCUCUCUGCUCCCCGAGGCUCGGCGGAGGCGUCGCGUGGCAGAGCAACACUACGAUGCAGGUCAAACACUACCCGGCCUCUCCGCGCGGGGCUGAGCCCGGCCUGCCCGCGGCUCCGCGCCGUCCCUCCCCGCCCCGGGAGGACGGAGCAGAGGUGCCUGGCGCCCCGGCGGCCCCCUGCCCCUUCCCCGGCGGAGCGGUGGCUCUGCACCAGUCCCGCGCUGCAGCACCUCCCCGUCCCCCGCUGCUCCCAUCUCCUGUUACAUUUACACCAAACCUUUUUAAUGUUUUUAACCGUGCACGUUCACGUAUGUCCGCUCCCUGGCGCUGACGCGCCGCCCAGCCGAGGCCGAGCCCAGGGCGCCGCGCUCCGAGCGGGCCCAUCUCCGCGCGAGCUGCCCCUCGUCCGGCACCCGACCCCGGUGCGGGACGUGGGGGCGCAGGUGGCUUCCCCCUCGCUCCCAGUGGCACAGGAGCCCAAGGGACCGGUGUCCUUGGGGCCAUCGCCUCUGUCCCCUGCCUGGCGGGGGCCAGGAUCAUGUCUCAGGAGCUCCGGCUCCCGCUCAGGUGGAUUGAAGUGAGUCUUUCAGCUGGGACAACUUGCUAGAUCUUUUUGUAAUGGUUUCUCCUGGUUUUUAGGGGAAAAGGAAAAAAAAAAAAAAAAAGGAUGACCCGCAAAUCUUGACGUGUAUCUCUGAAUAAAAGUAUUAAAUGUUUUCUUCUUUCUAA